AUAGUAGCAUAAUUCAGGACGUAUGGGGAAUAGAACACUGGUGAGGACUGAACCUGACAACUUGACGUGUUAAAAAAAAAGAAAAAAGAAAAAAAAAAGUGAAUUGUGUUUGAAUGUCCUACGUACAAACCGUUUCUUUCAGACUAAAAUUUAAUGCUUCUGGCUCCUCACGAGUGCUUUCUCAAGGCGAAUAAUAAAGCGAUUAACGCGAAUCACAAAUGCUGCUUAUCAGAGGGGAAUAUGUACACUGGAGAGCAAGGGAUGUGCGCGUUCUGCCGGAACUUACCAUAUAUAUAUACAACAUCGCGUGGUUGCUGUCUCACACACCGCCUUGCAUCACCGUGUCGACAUCUUCAUCGCGCUCAUAGCAGAGAAACGAAUCGUCCUCGUUGUUCGGUCACCAUGAAGGUUCUGUCUGUUGUGUUGAUCGCGCUGCUUGCUUGGACUCAGAGCGCAGACGGCCAAUUCGAUGGUAUAAUCCACAAUAUUGCAAAAAGCACGCUGUGUGAGAACGUAGGGAAUGGAUGCGAGGACAGCUUCGAGUGCUGCGUCAGCUUGCUCAACUCACGACAAAGGAAAAGCCUCAUAAAUAGAGUUGCUAAAUGCGGGGAAGCCAGCGGUGUCGGCCCACUUACUGUGUUGGGAGGAGGACCCUCGGACCAGCAGAAAGUUGGGACGAUGAGGUGCAUGAGUCGGGACCAGCUGGCACAAAGGGUCUUGACCUGCGUUCUCGUACAGCGAAGGCGCUGCUAAGCCAAGAUACAGAAGAAGAAAAAGAAAAGGAAUGAUAAUAAUGAUAAGAACGAGAAGCAAGAGGACUUUUAGAAUUCAUAUGCAGACACAUUUUAUGAAUAAAAAGUAUUAGUUCUUUUACAGCAUUUCAAAAUGUUAGCUUUGAAAUACAAAGUAGGAAACAUAGAGGAAAUUAGAUUUCCCCCCAUUUUUCCAAACUAUCUAAGGUACGUACUUAACUGUAGUACAUAUGCAUUUUAUUAUGUAUGUAGAUGUAUCGAUCAAUUCUCUAUCUUUCCAUUCAGUAUUACGGAGCUGUGACUGUAACACUAGCUAGGGAAAUAGUAUUCUUUAUCACAUAUAGAGAAAAAAGGCAGUAAAAUCUUAUGAAAUGUAUGGCUAUGAAUAAAAUCCUUUGGUGUGAAAA